AGUUCUAAAAUGGUGCAGCUUGAAGCGAAAAUAAUGAACUCAGAGGUUCACGGAAAGAGUGAUGUUGAAUCAAAAUUGUUGGCAGAGACCAAUAUUAAACCGUCGCCAUUCGAAGAGAAGGCACCGAAGAGGUUAAAGAAUGUGGAGGAUAGUGGCAAUAAAACAGAAAUCAAUGCAAUUCUACGCGAUAUGGCCAUAACCGGGGAUGUGCGUUGUGGUUUUUGGAUAUUUAAAGGUUCAUGUGUUCAAAGGCUGGCCAAUCAAUCCACCUAUGUGCUGCUCUAUGGCUUAGUGGGCUGUGUAUUUUCCAUGACCUAUGCCUACUUUAAUGGCACGCUGACUAAGAUACCAUCGAAAAAUACUGGCAUAAUAGCGAUUGGCAAUAAUAUUAGUCAAAUGGUUGUUUCGGCGGUACUCAGCUAUUAUGCGGGUAAAGGACACCGGCCGCGUUGGAUUGCAUUUGGCAUAAUGACAAUAGUCGCCUUCUGCUGGCUAACCGCUGCACCACAUUUCCUCUAUGGCCCCGGCUUAGAUGCGCUCGCGCUGACCACGGAAUUCGGUGGCAUUGCCGACGAGAACGCAACAUUGGAAGUUUUGGAACAGCAGCGCGCAAAAGCAUUGUGUCGCGAUCGCAGCAAUGAGACCGCUUGUGCGCUAGAGGAGGGCAAUUUAGCACCACAAGCUGUGCUCUUCCUUGCCGAGGUCAUCUCUGGUAUAGGUGGUGCACUUUAUUACACGCUCGGCAUAUCUUAUAUGGAUGAUAAUACAAAGAAGUCCAAAACGCCAGCUUUAUUAAGUUUAUCCUAUUUCUUCCACAUGCUGGGUCCCGCUAUCGGUUACGCCUUGGCCUCAUUUUGUCUGCGUCUCUAUAUCGCACCACAAUUGCGUCCUGUCAUCAAUAAUGAUGAUCCACGUUGGUUGGGCGCCUGGUGGAUGGGUUGGCUGUUGCUGGGCUCUGUACUCUUCGUAUGUGGCAUACUCUUUGCUAUGUUGCCAAAAGAAUUGCCACGUGCGAAAGCGCGUCGGCUUGCAGAGGAGCGUAAGCGCGAAGAAUCCAACGCGCUGAAAGCUGAAGCGUCUGUUGAGCUCGAGUCCGAGUUAGAGAAGGCAUCAUUUAGCGAUAUGUUGACCACUUUCAAGCGACUCCUCAAAAAUAAAACGCUCAUGUGUAAUCAUAUCUCUUCAAUAUUCUAUUAUUUUGGUUACACGCCAUACUGGAUAUUUACGCCCAAAUACAUUGAGAUACAAUAUCGGCAAUCGGCGGCAACUUCUAGCAUGGUCACCGGAACUGUUGCAUUGGCCUUCUCCGCUAUUGGCGUCUUACUAUCUGGCUUUGUUUUAUCCAAGUAUAAGCCAAGCGCCCGUUAUAUGGCCGCGUGGAAUGUACUUGUUGGACUGCUUACCGUUGCCGGUUGCAUUGCAUAUGCAUUUAUCGGCUGUCCAGGAAAUGAGCACUCAAUGAUUGUCAAUAUACCAGAGAGUGGCUCAAAUAGCGUUGCCACUUGCAACUCCGCUUGUUAUUGCGAUUAUGUGCCAUUCUCACCGGUUUGUGGUGAAGACAAUAUGACCUAUAUAUCAGCAUGUCAUGCAGGUUGCCGCGAAGAAGUACUAGAAGCUAAUGGCAAGAAGAUUUACAUUAAAUGCAGCUGCAUUGCCAGAAACCAUACUCCGAUUCGUGAGAAGCGUUCACUACCAGAAUUGUUCAACAUAACAGAGACUACUUUACUAGGGUCGCGUGAAUCAACUAUGAACAGAACUAUGAGACCUAUAGAUGUAACAACGGCAGCAACAUCAAGCAGCACAUUUACAACACCUUUCAUGACAACAACAACAAGCAGAAAAUCGGCUUCAACAAUGGGCGGUCGUGCCACGCCUGGCGCAUGUCCCGUUAAUUGCUUCACGCAAUUCGUGAUUUUUUUGGCGGUCAUGUGUGGUUUGAAAUUCAUCGGUGCCACAGGGCGUGCUUCAAAUUUCUUAGUCACUGUGCGCUGCGUACCGGAGCGGGAUAAAACCGCCGCUAUGGGUUUGGGUAUGAUGAUGGCCUGUAUGCUAACCUUCAUACCGAGUCCGAUUAUCUUCGGCUGGCUAUUGGAUCGUUUGUGCUUGGUGUGGGGCAAGACAUGCACCAACAAGGGUAACUGUUGGCUCUACGAUCCACUUGCAUUAAGGUAUAUCCUGAAUUUAACCGCUGCAGCUUUCAUAUUCAUUGGCACCGUUUUUGAUGGCGGUGUUUGGUAUUUGGUGAAGAACCUUAAAAUUUUCGAUGAGGAAGUGAAGGAAAACGAGAAAGAAGCGGCGAGAGAGGAGAAGGUGGUGCCUUUUGCAGAGAAGGCAUGAAACGAAUGUUAUAGAUUACCAAAGUUAUGCAUAUUUUUUCUUAAGUUUUUAUAUUUAUAAAUGUAAGUAAAGAUUUUACGU